AAUGCACUGCUCCCGUUCGGUUUACCCCACAAACAAUAAUGGCGUCGAACGAUGAAGAUGCGACUGCUAGCAAAUCUGCUUUUGCCGAUAGCCAGGGGGAGAGAAAAUCUGCUGCGGUGUCGUUUGGUUUCACUAGGACAGUAAAUAAAUUUAAACCGGUCGCCGGCGGAACUCCGACCACCAAAGUUGAAAAAGAUUACUUGACCGGAAUUGAUAGGAAUGAAUUACAGAGUACAAAACCGACCGAGAAGCCCAAGGAGCUCAUUAUCCCCCUGAUCCAAAAGAACCGCUGGCACCCAGUGGGCCAGACCCGGCAAGGAAACGAGAAGUCGGAGGCCCCUGUCAGUGACAAGGAUUCUGUGGAGUCUCAGGCUGUGAAAGAACUGAUUGAAGAUUCACGGAGGCAGCUGGAAUUGUGGCAGAAUGGGCCUCAGCCAGACAGCAACACCAACCUCUCCAUCCCUCUGCUCAUGCAAAACAAGGUACCAGAUGGCUUUGAGGACGGAGAUCACGUCAAGGUGGACCUGCGGCCUGAAUCUUCGACAGAGGCAGACUAUGAGAGCGUCCCCGUUGAGGCCUAUGGACUGGCUAUGCUGAAAGGGAUGGGUUGGAGGAAAGAAGAAGGGAUUGGACGAACAUUUAAACAAGACGUGAAGCCAAUCGAACACCAGCUCCGACCAAAAGGGCUGGGCCUCGGAGCCGAUCGUUCAGCAGUAAAGGAUCUAGAGCCAAACAAGCGUCAGCGACCCCCGAAGCCAGGCGAGGAGCAAGCUAAAGAGGAGGAACUAGCGAUGGCUCCUGGAGGCUUUGUUUUGGUGGAAUCUGGGGCCCAUAAGGACCUUUACGGCAAAAUAGAAGGCGUGGAUGCAGACAACGCCCGAGUUGUAGUCAAGCUGGCCAUUGGCGGGAAGGCAGUGACCAUCAGCCAGCAUGGGGUUAAACUGGUUGGAAAGAAAGAAUACGAAAAAUACAGCAAAGAUCUCAGCCGGCUUAGUAAGGCCCAUAAAGACAAGGAAAAGGAGAAAGAGCGACAAAGACAGAGAGUUGAGGAGGAAGGAAAGAGUAGCAGCAGAGACAAAGGGAGGGAUGAAGGCAAAGAGGAGAGGAAGAGGAAACACAGAGAAUCCAGCCGAGACAGAGAUAAGCCACCAGUGAAAGAAGCCAAGCAAAGAACAGCGCCCCCAUCCUGGCUCCGGAGAGACCUGAAAGUCCGCUUUAUAGACAAGGCUUUCAAAGCAGGCAAAUAUUACAACUCAAAGAUGCGAGUGGAGGAUGUCCUGACGCCGCUUACCUGCCAGUGUCGGACGGAAGAGGGGGGACUGUUAGACGAUGUGAAGCAGGACAUGUUGGAAACCAUCAUCCCUAAAGGAGAAUAUGACACCGUAAUGGUUGUACUGGGUGAGCACAGAGGACAGGUGGGUCGCAUUCUUCAGCGGGAUAAGAACAAGUGCAAAGCGAUGGUGCAGCUCGACAGAUAUGAGGAGAAAUUGUUCAGUCUGGAUUAUGACUCCAUUUGUCAGUAUGUGGGAGCCUCAGACCACUGAACUCAAGCUUCACUUUGGAAUCCCGAUCUCGUUAUUUUGUAAUAUUCAAAGAUGAGUUUAAAGCAAUGUAACCUUUUAUAAUAAAAGUAUCAAAAAUUAAA